CCGUACACCAGCGAUUGCCUUCACAGCUUUAACUCUCGAGUCUCGCCUUCAUUCUCCAGCAACGCGUUCAGUAGGCUCUUGUUCGUUGUCCUACUGCACACCUUCAGUCUUCAGCAACGCAUUCAGUAGGACGAGCUACUGCACACCCUUGUUCGCGGAGUGACUGUUUGUAAUUCGCGAAGGCAGUCGCCACUCAGGUUACACGCCAAAUUCAGAUAGAUAGUCCCUCUAGAACAAAGUUAUCGGCCCCUUCUCGGCUCCGAAACCGUGGGAUAUCCGUGAACCUAGUAGGCUCGAUUCCAUUUCCUUGAGUCAAAGACGUCCGCGAGCUGUCAGGAAUAUCUAGCUUCGUAAAAACGAGUUUGACAGACCGUCCUGAUUAAACUAGUUUGAGGGUUCCCAGAACACGAGAGGACUCGACAAUUCUCCCGUCCAUUUGAGUGUGUAAACCGGUCGUAUUAGUCGCCAUGGGUUGUUGUCGCAUCGCCUGCCAGCAGAGCCGCUGUCGUCGCACAGCCGCUCGCAGCUGCUCUUACGGCGCUCGCCCGGUCUUUUUUGCGCCGCUUCUGCUCCUCGCCGUGCUCGCAAACGGCAGCGUCGCUGCCCAAGCCCAGAAGUUUCAGUGCAGCGCGAAUCCCGCGGUUGCUGCCGUGAAGCCCAAGUACGCGAACCGGUUUUUCCGGGAGAUCAGCACCUUGUACAACAUGUCGUCCGGGGAGAGCCUGAUUGAGUCGGCUAAACGGCAGCUGACAAGUGGGAGCUUCUCCUUCGGCCUCAACUGGGCGGACGACCCCCGGCUGGAGUCGGUGCUCGCUUUGCGCAGCGAAGGGAAAUGCAGGUCAUCAUGGGCCAUCACAGCCGUGAGCGCAGUGGAGAUGGCGUACGCGUUAGUGGCCGCCUCGACACCCUCCAUGGACCCUCCUGCGCAGAUAUCGCUACAGCAGGUGCUCGAUUGCGAGCCCAGCAGCAGCAGCUGCGGUGGCGGCGGGUGGCCCACGGCAGCGCUGGACUACAUGGUGGACGCCACCAACCAGUGGGGCGGCAUCGCCACUGAGACUGCGUACCCGUACGCACAGAAGACCGGAAAAUGCAGCCGGGGAAAGGCGAAGGACGCAACGACCAUAGGCGUGACAGGGUACGACCAGGUGGACUUCUAUGGCUGGAUGGGUCUUCUCCUGGCUGUGAAUGUUCAGCCCACUAUUGCGCUCGUCCGAGGCAGCCACCCCUCUUUCCAGACCUACACAGGGGCAACUGAGAAAAUAUACAGCGACCCAGCAUGUGCGGCAGCGGGGGUGGUGGACCACAGCGUCCUGGUGAUGGGGUAUAACAUCGGCCAAUGGGGCGCGUAUUGGAUCCUGCGCAACUCCUGGGGCGCCAAGUGGGGCAUCCAGGGCCACAUGGCGAUGGCCAUGACAGGAGGCAGCGGCAUCUGCGGCAUUCACUCCGUGCCGGCCAUCUACCCUGUCAUCAAGACCUGUUCCCCCUGCAAGUCGCAUCAGAACCCAUGCGGGGGAGGCAUAUGUGUGCCCGGGGCGAAUGGCACCUACACUUGCAAGUGUCUGAAGCCGCUAUUUCUGCCUGCGGCUGACAGGGGUGGCGCGCAGACGUGUGUGUGGGCUGACGUGUGCAGCGUGCAAGACGAGAACCCGUGUGCAGUCGGCACGUGCAUCAACGACCAAGUGGGCGGCUAUGUUUGCCUCUGCCCACCAGGAUUCGUCCAAGGGGUUCGUCCCAACGGCUCCCCCACAUGCGUCCCAACCACAUCUUCCCCCACCACCCUCUCCUUCCCGGUGGACGUGGACUGCCCCCUUGUCUACCAGCUCUUUGGCCUCACUGAGGAGGCAUUCCUCGCUCAAAACCCCCAACUGGAGAUGGACUACUGCGACACCAUUCCAGCCAACACGGAAGUGAGCGUGGUGCCGCCUCUCAUGGGUUCCGUGCACUGCGGCUCGUUCUACUCCUGGACCCCCGAGGACUCGUGCGAAUCUGUGGCGGAUGCGUUUGGGCUGACUGUGGAUGAGCUGGUGGCGCUGAACCCGGGCGUCAACUGCACGGAUGCCUCUGCAGACAAUGCUCCCCGCGAGAACCAGCAGCUGUGUGUCUCAGAGGGCAACGGCGCUGAUCUACCCAUGUGCACACAGUGGUACACGGUGCAGGCAGGGGACACAUGCGACAGCAUCAUGGCGGACAAUGCCCUCAACGAUACCACCUUCUUCUCGCUCAACCCGGGGGUGUGCUGCGACAGCCUCUUCCCCUCCUUCGGAGGAGAGGACAUGGGCUGGGUCGGCGGCGGUGUGCAGGUGUGCAUCGACGCAUACCUAGUGGAUGCACCUGGUCCAUACGCCACUCCCCGCUCACUCCGGGAGCUACCUGCUGCCCUCUCAUCCCUCCCCUCCUCUCAUCCAUCGCUCCCCUCAUUUCACCCUUCCCACUCCUCCUCCUCCUCCUCCUCCUCUUUCUCAUCCUCCUCGUCCUUGUCAACGAGAGGGAGACUGCUGGGCCUCGACCACUCCUCGCCCCACUCCUCAUCAUUUCCUCAACUCCCAACCCUCUCUGCUCCCCGCUCAUCUCGCUCAAUGAGAGGGCGACAGCUGGCGAGGGCGAGAACCAAGUGCAAGGCGUCCUACUCGGUGACCCGAGGGGACUUCUGUGCGCGGAUCAUAGCGCUCAAGUUCCAGAACAGCGCUCGCAAGAUGGCGGAUUUGAACAGCGGCUAUGUGUGUGUCAAUGACAGGCUGUAUGUGGGGCUGACGCUUUGCACUAGGAGGUGACAGCAGGGGUUUCUUGGCUGUCAUGUGUGCCUCUGGGAAAGAUGGCGGAUUUGUAGUGUGCGGUACGCAGUCAUUGUCGUCACUGACACCAGAUGCAGGUACCAUUAGGCAUGUAUUAUGUGCAAUAUGCAUAGGGAGACUGCUGGGCCUCGACCACUCCUCGCCCCACUCCUCAUCAUUUCCUCAACUCCCAACCCUCUCUGCUCCCCGCUCAUCUCGCUCAAUGAGAGGGCGACAGCUGGCGAGGGCGAGAACCAAGUGCAAGGCGUCCUACCCAGUGAC